ACUUUUGACAAACAAAUAAUUUUACGUCAAAAUCACCUAAAAGAUUACAGUUACGGAAAUAACAUUAAAAAAUUUUAAAUUGAUUUUUUUUCAACAUUCGAUACCGCUGUCAUACCAUAUUCCAAAACCGGAAAAUAAUUUGUAAGUGGGAACACAGAAUAUCUUAUCCGAGCAGAAAGAUUUCUAUCUACAACAUUAUAAUCAUUCGUAAAUACGCUUAGGUGUGCUGUUAAAACUUGCCAGUGAAAAUGACUACAAACCAAAACUUCAAGCCGUCCGAAGGGAAACGUGAGGAAUUUAGAAAAUACCUAGAAAAAAAUGGGGUUAUGGAUGCCUUAACAAAAGUAUUAGUUAGUUUGUACGAGGAAGUAGAGAAGCCAGAAGAUGCUUUACUUUUUAUACGCGACAAGCUUGCAAUCCAAGCUGGAAUUGAAACCUAUGACCAGCAAUCUGAGAAAAUUAGGGAGAUGGAGGGCAAAAUAACGGAACUAGAAGAAACUAUAGUGCAAUUGAAGAAUGCAGCUGCAGAAGCUGAAGCUACAGUUGCUGUAGUAGAAGAGGGUGCAGAACCAGAGAUGGAUCCAGAUUUCCAGAUAUCACCACCAGAGGGUGAAACUGAAGCAGAGGCACUUCCACCACCAACAGAAAGUACUGAGGCUCCACCGGAAUAAUUUUUAAUUUUGUUUACUUAACUUUACACAGCCAGAGUUUAUUUUUAUUUAGAGAAAUACUUUAUGUUCCUUUUCUAAUAUACGUUGUGAUUACAUUAUUUUAAGUUUUUGAAAUUGAUUUGUUGAAUGUUUGUUUUCUGUUUUAAUUAACAGAGGAUUUGUUAAUUUUUUUUUUACGUUUUUUGACCACACACUCUAUGAGUAAAUUAAUACAUUCCUGUUAGAUUCUAGAAAAUAGAAUAAUCAGUACUUGGCCUUAUAAACGAACUUUCAAAAUUGAAAUGUUCAAAAGUUGUUUCUUGAUAAAUAUUCUUGUACUUUUAUGCAACCAUUAUCAAUAGCAUUUUAGCCUAAUUUAUAUGCAGGUGUUUCUAAGGAAUAUUUAUCUAGAAAAAGCUUUGGUAAUAUAAGCAUUUGUUCUGUACCUAUUGAAAUUAUAUGGAGAGUAUUAUCUUUUUCACUAAAUAUAUUAAUGUGCAAUUA